AUGAAAGACAUCACACCUCGCAAAAAGAUCAUUGUCGCCUUGACGGGCGCGACAGGAGCCCAGAUUGGUAUUCACGUUCUUCAGACCCUCCGGAGGCUCAAUGUCGAAACGCACCUCAUUAUCAGCAAAUGGGCCGCCGAGACGAUAAAGUGGGAAACCGAUUACACACCCGCGGCGGUGAAAGCACUUGCAGACCACGCCUAUAGCUCGCACGAUCUAGCCGCACCUAUCGCAAGUGGCUCAUAUCGCGUGGAUGGCAUGAUUGUUGUACCGUGUUCCGUCAAGACCCUCGCUGCGAUCAAUGCGGGUAUCUGUGAUGACUUGGUAACGAGAGCAGCAGAUGUUUGUCUGAAAGAGCGCAAGAGGCUGGUCUUGUCUGUCAGGGAGACGCCGUUGAGUGAGAUCCAUUUGAGGAAUAUGAUGGAGGUCACGAGGGCGGGGGCGAUUAUCGCGCCGCCUGUUGUCGGAUUCUAUACGCGGCCGUCGUCAAUUGAUGAUGUUCUUGAUCAGAUGGUCGGAAGGUUGUUGGAUCUUUUCGAUUUGGAUGCGAGAAACUUUGAAAGGUGGGAUGGGAUGCAGAAGAGUGCCACAAAUAGCAAGUAA